CGCCCCGGAGACCCGCGCACCACCCGCCCUCCCUCCUCCCGCUCCCCCCCGUCCCGUCCCCUUCCCCGCCCCAGCGAGGGAGCGAACGAACGCGUGAGCGGCCGGGCCUAGCCACCCCGCCAGGUUGAUUUUCCUUCCAGCGACCAAAGAUUUGACCACUUUCAAGCCUGACUUAACUGAAUACAGCUCAAGAUGGACACUGGUGUUAUCGAAGGAGGUUUAAAUGUCACACUUACUAUUCGCCUACUUAUGCAUGGGAAGGAGGUUGGAAGCAUCAUUGGGAAGAAAGGAGAAUCUGUAAAGAAGAUGCGUGAAGAGAGUGGUGCUCGCAUUAACAUCUCAGAAGGGAACUGCCCAGAACGGAUUAUCACUCUUGCUGGACCCACUAAUGCAAUUUUCAAAGCAUUUGCUAUGAUCAUUGACAAACUGGAAGAGGACAUCAGCAGCUCAAUGACCAACAGCACGGCCUCUAGCAGGCCCCCCGUCACUCUGAGACUUGUGGUACCUGCCAGCCAAUGUGGCUCUCUCAUUGGAAAAGGAGGCUGCAAGAUCAAGGAGAUAAGAGAGAGCACGGGGGCACAGGUCCAGGUGGCUGGAGACAUGUUGCCCAACUCAACUGAGAGAGCGAUCACCAUUGCCGGGAUUCCACAGUCCAUCAUUGAGUGCGUCAAACAGAUCUGUGUGGUCAUGCUGGAGUCUCCCCCAAAGGGUGUCACCAUCCCCUACCGACCCAAGCCAUCCAGUUCUCCUGUCAUCUUUGCAGGCGGUCAGGACAGGUACAGCAGCGGCAGUGCAAGCUACCCCCACACCGCCCCAUCAAUGUGCCUCAACUCUGACCUGGAGGGACCACCUCAAGAGGCCUAUACCAUUCAAGGACAGUAUGCCAUUCCACAGCCAGAUCUGACCAAGCUGCACCAGUUGGCAAUGCAACAGUCACACUUUCCAAUGUCUCAUGGCAACACUGGAUUCAGUGGCGUUGAAUCCAGCUCUCCAGAUGUGAAAGGCUAUUGGGCAGGUUUGGAUGCAUCAGCUCAAACUACUUCUCAUGAACUCACCAUUCCAAAUGAUCUGAUUGGAUGCAUCAUUGGGCGUCAAGGCGCCAAGAUCAAUGAGAUUCGCCAGAUGUCUGGGGCGCAGAUCAAAAUUGCCAAUCCAGUGGAAGGAUCUACUGACAGGCAGGUUACCAUAACUGGAUCUGCAGCCAGCAUUAGCCUGGCUCAAUAUCUAAUUAAUGUCAGUUUAGAAAGCGCUAAACCCUCCUCCCAGGCAGCCUCCGUCACGAUCCCCGACCACCUCAGCAUCAACCUCUCUCAACCCUCCACCCCUUCUUCUUCUUCCUCCUCCACCACCACCCCCUCGCUUGCGACAGCGGGGGUCUCCGACGCACCCUCCAGCCUCCCCAACCCUCUUCCGACCGCCCCCUGUGUAUCCAGUCUGCUUGGCAUGAAACCCGUCCCUCUCCUGGCUCUAAAUGUUGUGUCUGCUGCUAAGGGUGCCUCCACCACCUCAGCUGUGCCAUGUGUUACUAACAAACUGAAAACGGAAAAACAGAGAUUCUCUCCUUACUGAGUGUCUGCUUGUGGCCUUAGAGGAACAGCAGAUUGCUUUUCAGCAAUGGGGAUCCCAUAGAGGAGACUUGGAAGAGCUUUUUUAAAAAACUUCAAAAGAAAAGUGAGCUUUGUGAUUCCUUUAGGAUGGAGUUUCUUUUUGCUGGCAACCUCCACUAGGUCAAAGACAAUUGAGCAAGUGUAUUAAUCAGUUUGAGUCCAGUAGUGAUCUUGAUUAUGUAGCUUGUAGCUGUUGCUUUAGUAGUUUUGUUUGCAUUGUUACAUGGAAUAAGGUGGGUGGGGAGGGAGCUGGGUGGGCAGGGAAUGCUAGGGUCCGUUAACAAGAUAACUCACUUGCAAUUCCUUGGUUUAAGCUGUGCAAAGAGGCUACUUUGGCCAAACCUGUCUCAAUGUCUGUCCUUUGUAAUAAAGCUGUCAUGGUGAGAACAUGCACAGAUGUGCCUGAAUUGGGACCGAACUCUGACCACAAGCUGGUUGAAUCCGACAUUGCACCCCCAGGCUAAACUCUUUUUUGGGAAAAUUAUCUACACUACUGCACUGCACUAACACCAUGAUUAAGUAUAUAAACUUCCCUAUGGAGGCUCUGAUACCUAAUACACAAUUGUGAGGGUAUGAGCUGUAAUGGUGCUGGGGGCGGGUUCAGACCCUGAAUACUAUUCCUGCUCUUGUACAAACUGCCACUUGCCAGUGUAUACAACUCACCUGCUCAGUAGGACAAGUAAUAUUCUUUGUGUGCACACCCUUCCCAUGUAAAAAGACUGCAGCAGGCCUUUAAAAAGCUUGCGUGAUUCUGAUGUCCAUCUUUCUCCACACCCAAGACUUUUAUUAGCCACUUAAGAGAGUGAGAGAACCUGGAGCGACAUAUACGCUGUAAUGAACAGCUGUGACAAUGCUGCGGGUGUUGCUUUCCUUUAUGGCAUCUUCUAAAAUAGCACUUGAAACCUGUUCAGCUUUCUGAUACUUAGUCCUUAGAGGUGGAUAUUUCAGACACCUAGAGAUGUGGUUUUAGAAGCCCCUGUCUCCUGAUGGCAGUACAGGCCAUCUGAAUGGAUGUUCCCUCCCUGGCGCAUGUAUUCUGUAUUGAGAGGUGAUAAUCUAUAGAGGCUGGGCAGUUGGCUUCACUUGUUCUGGUAUUUCAACUUGGGCUUUUGAGGCCAACAGCUGCCUGUUUCCUCCACUAAAGGCUAUUUAAAAGCCGUGUGGGAAAACUGGGUAGACAAAACAGAUAAUGCAGCGGGAUGACAUGCUCUUGUGUUGAGCAUAGUACGUGUUCAUUCUUUCUGUCUGCACCUAAAUUCACUUGAUCUUUAGCCUGGGGUUGUCACAUGAACACUACAGACACUUCCUUUUUUUGAGCUCUCUUAGUCUUUCCAAAAACAUAAUAAUUCAGGCAACAUUGAAUAAGAAACGGUGACAGCUGGAACUGCUAAGAAUCUUGUGUUAUCCUUUGUAUUAAAAGAAAGUUACUAGAACAAGUUUGAAAUGAUGACUGAUGGCUUGAUUCUGGGGCUGCACUAGUUAACUCUUUGCAUCCAGGGAGCUGGGAUGGCCUGGCCUUAUCCUAUCAUAGGGGACGGGGAGGCCAUCAACUGGCUGACUUAAUGCAGUUCUGUCAAACCCUUUUUCCUUGAGUAGCAGAAGUCUUUUUUAGUACUUUGUUUCUGCAGUUUGACUUUCACAAUUGUAACUUUUUUUAAAAAAACUGUUCUGCUCUGUAGUGUAACCACAUAAAGUAAAAAUUGUCCACUCUUAACCAA